GUUCCACUGAAUUUGUUUUUCUGCGAUUAUUAUUAUUAUUAUUAUUUAUUAACCAUUCGUGAAUUAGGUAUCGUAAUUAUUUUAAUGCAUCUGUAACCUUGACAACAAUUUGUUUUUAUGUAUUGAGUUCAAAAUACAAAAUGGAAGUUGACUCAGAAGAGGUAAAAAGGCACUUGGGCAUCUUGGGGUACACGCAAAUAGAACCCAGUCUGCUAAAUGAGUUCGUAAAAGAUUUGAAAAAGCUUAUUGAAUACGACCGAAAACACAACAACAUCAGUGCACUAUCUAUGUCGCUUUACAAAGACUGGGAUAAAAGUUACUCCGAGAGGAUGAAAAAUAGUACCCCAAUUAAAAACCCCAUCCAUCAUAAUCAUACUGCGAACGGAGACGAACACGAAGAUGAAGUCAACCUAAUAACAAAACAUAAAAGCCAAAACUGUGUCCCACGGACAUCUUCAAAAAUGAUGGACAUGCAUAAUAAAACUUCUACGAAUAAGAGCUCUAAAUAUGAAUCAGAAUUUAUGCAAUCAAAAUGCUAUUUUUGCGGAAGUAUACCAAUGGAAAAUCAACCAAGAUUGAAGGUGAAACACAGUUCGAAACCACUGCACGCUUUACACCUCAGUGUAACAUUUGGUAUUGAACUUUAAUUACAAAAUGAGGUAGUA